GACGAGAGUGUGGAUGAAGGACAAUCUCAAUCUCGACGAGACCACAAACACAAAACACAACCAAGAAGUGCCCACACAACACCUUGUGGAACAGUUGAUGCUGUAAUAGAGAGUAACCAUGGCCAGUACUAGUAGUGCUAGCAGUCCAAAGAAGCGAGUCCGCAUCAAGGCCGAAGAGGAUGAGGAUGAGGAUGAUGCCAUGGUGGAGGACGAGAAUGAAGAGAAUGCUGACAAUUCUGCGAUGCAAGUGGAUGACGACCAAGCUGAUGAGGAAGAAGAAGAAGAGGAAGAAGACGAAGUCGUUCGAGAAAUGGAGGUAUACUUGUCUCCUCAUCUGGUCCAUCAGCUCUAUAUGCUGCAGUUUCCUCUCCAACAAGUCCCUACCGUGGCGACACAGCAUCGGACUAGUGCUGCUCCCAUAGCCGUACGCGUCAAGCCCAAGCACAACAUGCUAGAACUCGAUCAAGCCAUUCCCACUCGAUACAUGGAACAAGAAGGACUCAAACACCUCUUACAAAGAACAUACGCCAGUCAUACGGUACCCGUCACCACGCAUCUCGCAUUGGGAAAGGUCGUUCGAGAUGACACGUCCAAAGAGAGCAAAUUCGCACUCCAUUUGUCCACGCUCCAGCAUAUUACACAAAUGAGACCCACAUUUACUCAUAUUGACCAAGACGACGAUGACAAUGCUGACAAUAUCAAAGCUCUCGAAGAGGAACGGGCCAAUGCUGCCAACAAAUCAAACAAGUCAGAGGAAGACGACAAGCGCAAACCACUCAUGUUCCAAAAAAAGGAAUCCGAACGGGCCGCCAUGGCACGCAAAAACAGUUUUGCCUACAAAAAAGCCAGUGAAGAAGGUGAAAAUUGGGUCGAAUUGAACGUGAUUGACCUCCAAAAUGCGGACGAAGUGGAUCUCAUGGACGAAGAAGAACGACCCUCCGAAGAAGAGAUUACCGCACUGAAACAGGCCAUGGACUGUCCGCCGCAAUUUCGCAAACGCAGUGUCAUGGACAAGGUCAAGCAGGACGACGCGGACGAGACAGCAACAACUGACAACAACAAGUCCACUUCACUGGCAUCCUACGUGCGCAGUUUGGACUAUCUACCCGCCAAAGCUUCCGCAAGCAAUACCAAUAAUACAACUCCAGGAUUUGAUCAAGCACAACAAUUCUUGGUGGAUUGGAAGCAAGCUGGUCUCGAUGAAACUCAUUUCGAUUUGCCCACCAUGGGAGGACACUUGACCACACUACUCAAGGAUGGAUGGCCCAUUCCCUUCUCCAUUCUCAAACAAUCACUUCCGCCCAACGUAGACGACAAACACAUUCUAAAAGCACUGGCAUCGUGUGCUGUACUGGUCCGGGGAAACUUUUGUUUGCAGUCCAGACUCAUGACGCAGUUGCCCAAACCGGUAGCCAAAGCAAGGACGUUUGCAUUGCUGUUGUUGCAAACCAUGGGUGUCAUUCAUAGGAGUCGAUUGGAUCAUGUUUUUGGAAUAAUCACAGACAACAACAAGGACGACGACGACAACGGCAACGGCAAUCAUGGUUUUCAUCAUGAGAGUUUGAAUUCACAGACCGUGCUCAUGCUACUGGAACAAGUGGCCAAAAAGACACCCGAGGGAUGGGUGUUACGGGGACAAGACGAUGUACAGUUUCUACAAAGGUUUCCAGACAAUACCAAUCUGCAUAUGCAGUAUUGGGGGAGACAGCUUCUACGAUUUCAAGACUACUUGCAGCGAUACGCGGAGGCCACGGUAUCUUAGAAUCUUAACACUAUUCAAUAAUGGCUCCUGACUUUUUGGGGUUGUG